AUGUCGACUGGAGUCGACAAUCAACAGCCCAGCAAAAUCGAUCUGCAUACGGUCGCCCGUCAACGCUCCGUUUCGCACAGUUUCGUUUCCGCCUCCCCAAACUCCGUCGAGUCCGGCCGAGUCCCCGGUAAACAAUUCGACAAAAUGGUUUCCCAAAGCCAGAGAUCGCGCUGGCUGAAGACCGGAGCCAUCGUGGGCUUCAUCUUCAUGGUCCUUUUGUGGCUGUCGCCCUCUAAACCUGUCGUUUCUUCUUCAUUCGCCAAGGAAAAAGCGCCUUCAGCCUCUGGUAUUUCUACCAAGUGCAAUAAGCCUUUCGAUUCAUCGAAGCCUCUGAUCCAGUAUGCGCUCAUGAUCGACGCUGGUAGCACCGGUUCUCGUAUCCACGUCUACCGUUUCAACAACUGCGGCCCUACUCCCGAACUGGAGAACGAGGUCUUCGAGCAGACCAAGAAGAAGGACGGUGGCUCCGGCCUCAGUUCCUACAAGGAGGAUGCCCAAGGUGCGGCACAGAGUCUGGAUCCUCUCAUGGAGGUCGCACUGCAGUCCGUGCCUGAGGAGUACAGACGGUGCAGCCCAAUUGCCGUCAAGGCCACCGCCGGUCUGCGUCUCUUGGGUCCCGAGCUGAGCAAAAACAUCCUGGAGGCUGUGCGCCACCGUCUGGAGAACACCUAUCCCUUCCCCGUUGUGUCCCGCGAGAAAGGUGGCGUCGAGAUUAUGGACGGCUCUGACGAGGGUGUCUACGCUUGGAUCACCACCAACUACCUCCUGGGCAAGAUUGGUGGCCCUGAUGAGACCCCUACCGCUGCUAUCUUUGAUCUCGGUGGUGGUUCCACUCAGAUUGUCUUCCAGCCCACCUUCGAGCAGAGCAAGGCCGGAGGCAUGCCCGAGCAUUUGGCUCAGGGUGACCACAAGUAUGAGCUCAAGUUCGGCGGCCGGGAGUUUGAGCUUUACCAGCACUCUCACCUUGGCUACGGUCUGAUGUCUGCUCGCGAGUCUAUGCACAAGGUGGUCCUCGAGGCUCUCCUGGCCAACAACGGCAAGGAUAUGUCGUGGUUGGAACGCCCGAUCUCCAACCCAUGCAUCCAGCCUAAUAUGGAGAAGAAAGUCACUGUGACUUUCCCUGAUGGCCAUGCUCUCGGACCCGAGACCAGCGUGGUCAUGGUGGGUCCCAAGGACCAGUCUGCCCCCGCGCAGUGCCGUGCCAUCGCCGAGAAGAUCUUGAAGAAGGAGGCCGAGUGCAAGCUGGCUCCUUGCUCCUUCAACGGUGUUCACCAGCCCUCUCUGGCAAAGACUUUUGCCCGUGAGGACGUGUAUAUUUUCUCCUACUUUUUCGACCGCACUGCUCCGCUGGGCAUGCCCUCCUCGUUCACUCUCGAGGAGCUGCACCAGCUCACCUCCACCGUCUGUGCCGGAGAGGACAGCUGGAGUGUCUUCGAGGGCGUGGAGGGUGCCCUGAAGGACCUUCGCGGCCGUGCCGAUUGGUGCUUGGAUCUAAACUUCAUGAUGGGUCUGCUGCACACGGGCUACGAGAUGCCGAUGUCGCGUGAGGUCAAGAUCGCCAAGAAGAUCAAGGACAACGAGCUGGGCUGGUGCCUUGGUGCGAGCUUGCCCCUUCUCAGUCAGGAGUCUGGCUGGACUUGCCGCAUCAAGGAGAUCUCAUAG